AUGCCUGACAGCCCCUCCAGCUGCGCAGCGCAGACUGAGCUGAACCCUGCAGCAGCAACAGGAGAAGCAGGACAGCCUGCAGCAGUCAAUCCUGAGCUGCUGGAGAAGGACUCAGUGAUGGCCCAGUGCCCAGGAGCAGCGGCAUUGGCCGUGCUGGAUGAGAUGCUGGAGAUCACGGCCCAGAGCCUGGUGCACGCCGAGGUGGCUGAGCACUACCAGGUCAUCCGGGAGCUGGGCAGGGGCAAGUAUGGCCAUGUGGUGCUGGUGACACACAGGCAGAGAGGGACCCCCAUGGCUCUCAAGCUGCUGCCCAAAGCUCACACCAAGCUGCACACAUUCCUGUAUGAGUACUGUGUGGCACUCUCCCUCGCCACCCACCCUGCCAUCAUCGGCAUGUUUGGCAUUGCCAUUGAGUCCAGCCAAUACUACGGCUUUCUCUACGAGCCAGCGCUGCACAGAGACCUCAUCUCCAUCAUCAAACCACGGGAUGGGAUCCCCGAGCCAGCUGCCAAGCAGUGUGCCAAGCAGCUGGUGAGUGCCCUGGAGUUCAUCCACAGCCGGGGGCUGGUGUAUCGAGACGUCAAGCCUGAGAACGUGCUGCUCUUUGACCCGGAGUGCCGGCGCAUCAAGCUGACCGACUUCGGGCUCACCCGGCCCAAGGGCACCCGGCUCAAGUUGGUGGCUGGGGUGAUCCCCUACACUGCUCCAGAGCUGAGCAACACCACCAGUGCCCAGGGCCUGCCCAUUGAUGCCAGCCUGGAUGCCUGGGCCUUUGGUGUGAUGCUCUUCUGCCUGCUGACCGGCUACUUCCCCUGGGAGCAAAGCCUGCCAGCUGACCCCUUCUUUGAGGACUUCGUGCAGUGGCAGGAGUCGGGCCUGGAUGAGGACCUGCCACGCCAUUGGAGGCGCCUGACGGCUGAGGCCACCCGCAUGCUGCGGAGCCUGUUGGUCCUGGAUCCUUCCCAGCGCAGCCCUGUCAGUGGGGCCCUCCACUACGUCGAUUGCCCCUGGAGAGUGGAGAACUGGCCUGGUGAGGAGCAGGCUGUGGGGUCCUAGAGAACCUCCUUUGGGGGAAUGGAGGCCAUCUCCUUGUGGGGCCUGUCUAUAGGAUGAUCAGGAUCCAAGGCCCUACAACGUGCCUCCAGCAGGACAGGAAUACAUUGAAAGGGGCUGUCAAAAUAACAGCCAUAGCAAGAUCUGUUCCAAGGAACUAGCUCCAGUUCCUGCCAGGCACCAAUUCUCUUCUGGGUGCCAAAUCCCCCACGGGUGCCAGUUCCCACUGGGCACUGAUUCCCCAGUAGACACCAAUUCCCCCUGGAUACUGAUGCCCACUGGGUACCAAAUCCACCCUGGCCACUGAUUCCCCAAUUGGUGCCACUUCCUCCCGCCCGGGUGUUGAUCCCCUCCAGGCACCAGUUCUCCCCCAGGCACUGAUUCAGCAAUGGGAGCCAAUCCCCGCCCCCCCCCCCCGCCCCAACUACCACACCCCCUCCCUGAUAAAGGCAGGUCUCGUUGCUAUGGGGAGCACAUCCCCCUGGAGCAGUUUCUGCCCACCACAGCCAUUGAAUUGUUACAGAAAUAGAAAUUUAUGCAUCAAUAAAUUCCCAUCUGUGGCUCUUUUUCACUUGUAAUAAAAUCUCCAAGCGGGUGCCUAUAUAGUGUGUGAGAACGGGUUACAAUGGGCUCUCUCCCUGCUUGGGAGAUCCACCCAGGGUCCACUGCAGGAUGCCAGUGAGUAGCUGGGGGACAGGUGCUGGGGAGCCAAGGGGCUGGAAGGAGGCAGCUAGAGGAUAGGUUCCAGGUCUGGCAGGA